UGUCAAGGCAGCUGACCGAUAGGCAGGGCCACUAGACUGACUCGCUGCCUGUUCGUUUAAGUAGCGACGCACACACACAUGGACCCAACAUGAAUCAACGAUAUAUAUGGACUGACUCAUCACCUUUGUACUCACUAACCUGAUUUGGCCUCUUACAUGUAUGUCAUCCUUCUUGGGCCCCUUUUAUGGCCGACUUAAGUAGAUCGCCCUGGACCCACCGGAUGUGUGUUUUACGGACCUACUUCGCUCUCUCACGCACAUUCUACCAUGUGUCGUUUGAGAGCGAGUGGCCGCAAUUCGCACCGUCCAGAGGGACUGCCAACCCACCAAAUCGGUAUGCCUAGACCAUGGCACACAUUUCAUGCUUUCACCCGUUUCUGUGUGUUCACUUUUUCCUUGGCAGUGGGAAGGCACGUUCACGCGGUGCAUGUCAUCUGACUUGGUGUCGGUACACUCCCUCGAGGUGCACCACACACACACCGUCACUGUCGUUGCCUGCAUCUGUCCAGAUCUAUCAUUCUUGUGUCCGUUCAGUAACUGAGGUUGUUCGUGUCGGUUUUGGACACACCACACGGCGGUACCUGCUGUGGCUGUCUCACAGGACAGACCACACACCGCCUGGGUACGCAACACGUCUAUCUCACCUCACACACCCACAUAUCACCCUCUCUCUCUCUCUAUGGGUGUGUUGUUGUUCAGCGUGUCUUGGUUGUCGUGUUUGGGUACCUGUUGUGUCGGUAUCACUUCGGUCCGCACACACCCUAACCACGGUACACAACCCACCACAUUCUCACUCACCACCACGCCUCUGUCUUACGGCUCUGUGGCUCAUGUCGCUGUGUUGUGUUGUGUGGUCUUGGUGUAGGUUAGGUUGUGUGAUUGUGUGGUUGGCAAACGGUGGACUGUGAGCUGUGCUUCACUACCUCCAUCCGCCGUUUGACCUGGGUACGCCAUGCUCACCACUCUCACCCCCAACACACACACGCGUGGUGCAUGCACGUAUGGACCCUGUCGGUUGGUGUGUGUGUGUGAUGUGUUCGUGUGGACCUCAGUGCGUUUUGUAUUCGAUUCACAUCAACCAGCGCGUACACCCCGAGACUCUCGUGUCACUACCAACGUCGACCAACGUCUCUCCCACGGCAUUCACGUCAUCCACGCACAGCCCCACCCCCUGUCUUGAAUCAUGC